GGAUGUCGCAGCUGCUCUGCGUCGUUGUCGCUUGAAACGCGGCCCAAAAUGGCGGCGGCGGCGGCGGCGGGCGGGAGCGGAGCCCAGGCGGCGGCCAGGAUGGAGAGGGCGGACGGAGAGGAGGAGACGGCAGCGGCCGCGGCGGCCGAGGAUGAGGAGGACGGGGAGGAAGACGGCAGCGGGGUGGGCAAAGCGGCGGGUGCCGGCGGGAAGUCUGGCGGCGGAGCGAGCGAAGAGGAGGAGGAGGAGGACGUCGAGGACGAGGACGUGUUCGAGGUGGAGAAGAUCCUUGACGUGAAGACCGAGGGGGGUAAAGUUCUCUAUAAAGUACGGUGGAAAGGUUAUACCUCUGAUGAUGAUACUUGGGAACCAGAGGUUCAUUUGGAAGACUGCAAAGAAGUGCUGCUUGAAUUCAGAAAAAAAUUUGUGGACAAUAAGCCUAAACCUGUUAAAAAAGACAUACAGAAACUGUCUCUAAACGAUGAUAUAUUUGAAGCAGAAUCUGACAGUGACUGGCAAAGUGAAACAAAAGAUGAUGUUUCACCAAAGAAGAAAAAGAAGAAGUCAAAAGAUGUAGAGGAUAGAAGUCCAGAUGACCUGAAGAAGAAAAAGUCAAAGUCAGCAAAACUCAAAGAUAAACCCAGAACAGAAUGUGAAAAUUCCUCAGAUGCUUUGGUUUUUGAUUCAAAACCAAAAAAAAGGACUUUAGAAACCAAGGAGGACUCAAAGGACCUAAAGAAGCAAAGGAAAGAAGAUACUAAAGAAACCAAGAAAAAAAAAGGUGAAGUUAAAGAUUUAAAAAUAAAAGCUAAAGAAGAUUAUAAAGAAAAUAAAAGAUCACCGAGGGAAAAACAUGGAGAUGUUCAGUUUGACUCAGAAUCAGGUACUCUAGGUGAUACAUUUUCUCAAGGAACUGAUAAUGAAAACUCAGACUUAAAUUUUGAAAAUAAAGAUGAGAAGCAAAAGGUGAUAAGCAGGGAAGAGAGAUUGGAACAAGAAAGUGAUGAAAAAGAUGCCAUUGCUGAUAGGCAGCUUGAUGGAUCAGCAAGUAAUGAAGAUGAUAGUAUUGAUGUUAAGGUUAAAACAAAAAAGAAAAAAAAUCAGAAAGAAGACUCUAGAGAGGAAGGUGGAAAAGUGGAAAUUCAGGAUACUUAUUUGGAGAAAAAAAGCAUGCACAAAAAACAAACAAGUCAAGAAAAAGUACCGGGCGAGUUGGAAAAAGUGUCACCUGCUCCUUCACCAGUGCAGAAGGGUGUGAAAUUAAGUGCUGAUGAAAGGGUGUGCAAGACCAUUGAUUCACCUGGGGAGGAGAAAGAAGUAAAGAAAAUGGAAAGUAAAGAAAAAUCUCAAAGAAAAGAGUCUGAAAAAGAAGAAAAAAGCAGAAAAGAACAGAAGAGCCUAAAAAAUGGCAAGCAACAAGUCCUGAGUUUGGGUAUGGACAUGCAGUUAGAAUGGCUGACACUAGAAGAAUUCCAGAAGCAUCUUGAUGGAGAAGAUGAGAAUCACGUAUUAACGGAACCAAUAUCAAGCACUCUCCUGAGGGAUGCUGUUAAAAGUGGAGAUUACAUGACAGUGAAAAUGGCACUUUCUUCAAAUGAAGAAUAUAAUCUGGAUCAGGAGGACUCAAAUGGAAUGACCCUAGUAAUGCUUGCUGCUGCUGGUGGGCAUGAUGACCUUCUGCGGAUCCUAAUCAGGAAAGGAGCUAAAGUUAAUGGCAGACAGAAAAAUGGAACAACAGCAUUGAUACAUGCAGUUGAAAAGAAUUUUUUAACAACAGUAGCUAUUCUUCUGGAAGCUGGGGCGUAUGUGAACACACGGCAGAGCAGUGGUGAAACUGCCUUAAUGAAGGCUUGUAAAAGAGGGAAUUCUGAUAUCGUGCGGCUUAUGAUUGAAAGCGGAGCAGAUUGUAACAUUUUGUCAAAGCAUCAGAACAAUGCGAUGCAUUAUGCUAAACAAUGUAAUAACAUACUGGUGUAUGAACAGCUCAGGAGCCAUUUGGAAACGCUCUCAAAAGUAGCAGAAGAUACCAUCAGGAAGUACUUCGAAGCUCGUCUGGCUUUGCUGGAGCCAGUCUUUCCAAUUGCCUGUCAUCGUCUCUGUGAAGGGCCAGACUUCUCCACGGAUUUUCACUAUAGACCCCCACAAAAUGUGCCAGAAGGGUCUGGACUUCUUCUCUUUGUUUUCCAUGCAAAUUUCUGUGGUAAAGAAGUCAGUGCUCGGCUUUGUGGACCAUGCAGUGUGCAAGCUGUGGUUUUAAAUGACAAAUUCCAGCUCCCUGUAUUUUUGGAUAGUCACUUUAUUUAUUCCUUCAGUCCUACUGUAGGUCCUAACAAGCUUUUCAUACGGUUGGCAGACGCUCCUACUGCCAAGGUAAAGCUGCUAAUAGGAGCAUACAGAGUGCAGUUGCAGUGACCUCCCAGCUGCGAGCGUGUUGAGUGGACUGACACUUUGAUUCUUCUGUUCAGAGACUGACAAAGCAGUUUGGAACUUUUUAGCACCACUCUCUUGAGACUUAGUUCCCAGCUCACUGUUGCUCACUGCAGUCAUGUAGGAAAGUGUGUUGGAGAGCAGCUGAAUGUGCUGCAGUAGUGGGACAGGGUUGUCAGCUUUUGUACUUUGUACAGAUGUAGAUGUAAGUAUUUGUGCCGAUACAUAUAAUUUUGUUUUUCUUUACUUGUGGAGUCCAGACUGCAUAUUUCAGCUUUUCCACAAUGUGGAAUGGUGCAUAUAAGAACUAUUUAAGGUAACUACAUGAAAUGUCUUUUUUAAUAGAAAGAUCUUUUUCAUUUGUAAACUAAAGUUUUCUACUUACCCUAAUGUUUCUAUGUGAAAUGCAGAACUGUCAUAUUCUUGGAAAUUCCACUUUAAAAUGACUGCAUUAGAUUUAACUUCAAAUUGCUGAGGGCUGUGUUCUGUUUUAAAACUGUUCCUGCCUCCCAAUUAGACAGCAGUUGUGCUUAGAGUGAUUCCCUUUGAACUAACACAGUUAACUGCAGGCGUGAACAAAGACAUCUGAAUAGGCUCAAGUCAGAGUUGCAGUCAGGUUCCUGGUUGUAUCAGUGUUUAAAGCUAUUUUUGUAUUAGAGGAGCAGCUCGUAGUUUUACAGACAUCUUAACUUUUGAGGUCUUAGGUGACAUCUGGAAAAACAAAACUGUUAAAAUAGCAAACCAGAAAAUGUGUAACUACUUUCAGUGUGGAGGCAGUGCUUUUUGUAGACAAGAAGAUACAUAGAGAAUUUCACAUGUUCUCAGCCUGACAGAUGAGAACAUGUAUUGUCCUUUAAUUCAGAAAUUCAGUUCCUCAGUGCUAAGAGCUGCUAUUUUUUUUAAUUAUUAUUAUUUAAAUGACCCAUUUUAUCAGAUGACAGCAGUUUUGUAAUGGUCUUGUGCUGUAAAAUACAAAUGUAAUACUUCUGCAUGGAGUAUAGAAUAUUUUUCUUUGUAAAUUAAUUAACCAACAUCUUGAAAAGUAGGAAAAAAAGAAAAAAAAAGAAACCAAACCAGAUCGUGCCUUUGCUGUUCUAGUUGCCAUGUGUAGUUUACAUGCCACUAUGUGCCUAUAUUAUUAGCAAAACUAUUGUGCAUAAAUUCUUAAUGUAUUUGAGUGCUCAUCAUCACAAUGAUGCAGAUGUAUGAAUUAUCCUUCAAAGAACUGUGACUCUUUAAUAUAAGGUUCAAUUAACGAGUUUUUAAUUUUUGGUUUUGAAAGUUUUAAUCUUUCCUAUUUAGGAGAUGCCAAAUGAGUAAGACAAAAAGGACACCUGCAAUUUUGUGGAAUUUCACAUCAAGCUAUAUAAAACUAGAACAGCAACAUGACAUAGAAAUACUCAUUUCUGUUUUGAUUUGGAAUAGUUGUGUAUCUUUUUGCAGACAGUAUUGAUGAGAUGAUAACAAGUUUGGGUUCUGUACAGACUUAGUAUCUCCACCUCUGUGAAAUACAUUAGAUACCUCACUUCGCCAAGUGUGAACACCUGAAAUGCAUGAAGAGCUCUGUUUGAGAAUCAGGUGUGUCACUACCAGCACUUGGGACUUUGUGUAGCUGUAAUUUUAGUCACUGUGCAUAGCUCUGGAUGAUGAAUAAGGAAAGGGGACACUCGUGUUCCCUUACGCUGGAGUGAGUUUUCGUGGUCGUGGCUCCCCUCCCUCGGUUACUCUGGCACUCCACAUAGAAUAGCACAGUGUGUGUGUGCUCCUCUGUUGGGGAAAUAGUGGAACCCUUCAAGGCGGGGAUAAGAGGUUUUUGAACAAAUGUCCACAUGAUAUAGAUGCUGUUUAGAAACUGUUGUACAGUGUAACCUAAAAAUGUUUAGUAAUGCUCCAAGAGUUGAUAUAGCAAGCAGUUUUUCCAAGGCCGUAGAGUUGGGGGGUUUGCUUUGUCUUUUCUCUUGAGGCACAGGAGAGGAAGGGAGGGAGUUCUACAGAACAUGGGAAUAAAAUUUGGGUUCGGGAUGCUUUUAAAGGAUGGAUAUUUUGCAGCUUUCUCUUUUAGUUGGCAAUAUAAAUUCAGAAUCGUUACUGAAGAUGCAUAAAAGGCAUAUGAAAAGCUGUUUGAAGCAUGUUUUUGUCUGUUUUUUUUAAUCCAAUGGCUAAAAAAUGUUUCGGUGGACAAAGGCUGAAGAGAAGGUAGCUACAAUAAAAACCAAUUUUUUAGGCAAUGUGGAGAAAUA